CCGAAGGGGUCUCCCCCUUGUAAAUGACCCGGGGAAAAAAAAAUUCAUGACGACUUCUCUGGGCCUCCUCUUAUUCUUCCAUUUUUCUUUCCACCUGUCCUCUCCGUGGAAUGGAGCGUCAUUCCGUAGAGCACAAAAUCUGUCAUGCAUCUAAUAAUGACUGUGCUGUGGUAGGGAUCCUGAGACAGUUUUACGCGUGAGGCUUGAGAUAUUGACAGAUGAUGGUUUGUUCGUUUGGAUUACUGCGGAACUGCAGCUCCGUCCCUGCAAGGAUUUUAUCCUCAGCACUGCACUGAUUAAGCUAUUUUUCUACAAAGAUGGCAGUGUGCAGGGUAGAAGGGAACAGGACCCAUAUGUCAGUGGUCUAGGAUGGCCAGUGAAGGCUCCAACAUCCCAAGUCCUGUGGUCCGUCAGAUUGACAAGCAGUUUCUGAUUUGCAGCAUAUGCCUGGACCGUUACAAGAACCCCAAAGUGCUUCCCUGCCUGCACACUUUCUGUGAGAGGUGCUUACAGAAUUACAUUCCAGCCCAUAGCUUAACCCUUUCUUGCCCCGUGUGCCGCCAGACCUCCAUUCUGCCAGAGAAAGGGGUUUCUGCACUCCAGAACAACUUCUUUAUCACUAACCUGAUGGAUGUCCUGCAACGAACGCCGGACAACAGCAUUGAAGACUCCUCCAUCUUGGAGACUGUCACCGCUGUUGCCGCGGGCAAACCACUCUCCUGUCCCAACCAUGAUGGAAACGUGAUGGAAUUUUACUGCCAGUCUUGUGAGACUGCCAUGUGCCGGGAGUGUACAGAAGGAGAACAUGCAGAGCAUCCCACAGUACCCCUCAAGGAUGUGGUGGAACAACACAAGGCUUCUCUCCAAGUCCAGCUGGAUGCUGUCAACAAAAGGCUUCCAGAGAUCGACUCAGCACUUCAUUUUAUAUCUGAAAUCAUACACCAGUUAACCAACCAAAAGGCUAGCAUUGUAGAUGACAUUCAUUCCACUUUUGAUGAAGUCCAGAACACUUUAAAUGUGCGAAAGAGUUUGCUGCUUAUGGAGCUGGAAGUGAAUUAUGGCCUUAAACAUAAAGUCCUCCAGACACAGCUGGACUCCUUACUUGAAGGACAAGAAAGCAUUAAAAGUUGCAGCAACUUUACAGCCCAAGCCCUCAACCACGGCACUGAAACUGAAGUUCUGCUGGUGAAGAAGCAAAUGAGCGACAAGCUGAAUGAGCUGGCUGAGCGGGACUUCCCGUUGCAGCCCCGUGAAAACGACCAGUUGGACUUCAUAGUGGAAACAGAAGGCCUGAAGAAGUCCAUUCACAACCUGGGCACUAUUUUAACCACCAAUGCUGUUGCCUCUGAAACAGUUGCCACAGGUGAGGGACUGAGGCAGACAGUGAUCGGACAGCCCAUGUCUGUUACCAUCACAACCAAGGACAAAGAUGGGGAGCUCUGUAAAUCUGGGAAUGCUUACCUCACUGCUGAACUGAGCACGCCUGAUGGGAGUGUCGCAGAUGGAGAGAUACUUGACAAUAAAAACGGCACUUACGAAUUUUUGUAUACUGUUCAGAAAGAAGGGGACUUCACUUUGUCACUGAGACUUUAUGAUCAACAUAUCAAGGGCAGCCCGUUCAAACUUAAAGUGGUCAGAUCAGCAGAUGUGUCCCCUACUACUGAAGGGGUUAAGAGGCGUGUUAAAUCUCCUGGCAGUGGUCAUGUGAAGCAGAAAGCUGUGAAGAGACCUGCAAGCAUGUACAGCACUGGCAAAAGAAAAGAGAAUCCCAUUGAAGAUGAUUUGAUCUUCAGAGUAGGCACCAAAGGAAGAAACAAAGGUGAAUUUACAAAUCUUCAAGGUGUAGCUGCAUCUACAAAUGGAAAAAUAUUAAUAGCAGAUAGUAACAACCAGUGUGUGCAGAUAUUUUCCAAUGAUGGUCAGUUCAAGAGCCGUUUUGGCAUACGAGGAAGGUCUCCCGGCCAGUUGCAGAGGCCAACAGGAGUGGCUGUGCAUCCCAGUGGUGACAUCAUUAUUGCAGAUUAUGAUAACAAAUGGGUUAGCAUAUUCUCAUCAGAUGGAAAAUUUAAGGUAUGAGUUACCAUGGGAACUCUCCUGAGCUUUCUCUAUCUUACAAAGGAAUGCAAA